GAGGGAGGGAAGAAGGAGGGAACGAGAGAGCCCGCCGCGUCUUUCGCCUGGAUGGGAGCUUUGCGAGGAGCCCAAGUUCUGCAGCGGCCCGGCUGGCGGUGAGGAAAAGAGGCAGUGCCCGACCGCUCCCGCUCGCUCGCUCGCUCGGGUGCCUAAAUAGCAGUCAAGAUGACUUGGAACCUCUUCAAAAAACAUCCCAAACCUGAACCCAUCAUAGCUGUUACUACAGGUGCUCCAGUACAUCCUACCACUACUAUAGGAGCACCAGCAGUCUCCCAGGAAAAUGCAACGCAGAUCUCAGGCCCAGUGGAGAGUUCGGAAGACACUUUUGCAAAGUUAAAAGAAAAGUUUAUGAAUGAAAUAAAUAGGAUACCUUUGCCACCAUGGGCCCUGGUUGCCAUUGCUGUCGUUGCUGGAUUGUUACUGCUGACCUGCUGCUUUUGCAUCUGCAAGAAAUGCUGUUGCAAGAAGAAGAAGAACAAGAAGGACAAAAAGGGGAUGAAAAAUGCUAUGAACAUGAAAGAUAUGAAAGGCCAGAACAAACAGGAUGAUGAUGAUGAUGAUGGAGAUGGUGAUGAGGAAGGAGAAGAGGAAGAGGAAAAAGAACCAGAGAAUCUGGGCAAACUGCAGUUCUCCCUAGAUUAUGAUUUCCAGGCUAACCAGCUCACUGUUGGAAUCCUUCAAGCAGCUGAACUGCCAGCAUUGGACAUUGGUGGUACAUCUGAUCCUUAUGUCAAAGUCUUCCUACUUCCAGACAAAAAGAAGAAGUAUGAGACUAAAGUACAAAAAAAGACCCUCAAUCCAACCUAUAAUGAGACUUUUGUCUUUAAGAUUCCAUACCAAGAGCUUGGUGGGAAGACUUUGGUGAUGGCCAUCUACGACUUUGACCGAUUUUCUAAGCAUGAUAUCAUUGGGGAAGUCAAGGUACCCAUGAAUACUGUGGACUUAGGACAACCCAUUGAAGAAUGGAGGGACCUAGAGAGUGCAGAAAAAGAGGAGCCAGAGAAACUGGGAGACAUCUGUAUCUCAUUACGAUAUGUACCCACUGCUGGGAAAUUGACUGUCUGCAUACUGGAGGCCAAGAAUUUGAAAAAGAUGGAUGUUGGAGGACUUUCUGAUCCUUAUGUGAAAAUUCAUCUGCUGCAGAAUGGCAAAAGGCUUAAGAAGAAGAAGACUACAGUCAAGAAGAAGACCCUGAACCCCUAUUUCAACGAAUCUUUCAGCUUUGAGAUUCCCUUUGAGCAGAUACAGAAAGUGCAAGUUGUAAUUACUGUCCUGGAUUAUGACAAGUUGGGAAAGAACGAAGCCAUUGGAAAAGUCUUUGUUGGCAACAAUUCCUCAGGCACCGAGCUCAGGCACUGGUCUGACAUGCUUGCCAACCCUCGCCGCCCCAUUGCCCAAUGGCACUCCUUGAAACCUGAAGAAGAGGUGGAUGCAGCUCUUGGAAAAACAAAUAGGCAGCUCCAUUUUCCAACAUCACCUAAUGAACAUUCAAAGUGAUCCAGAGCUAUCAAUACCUCAGUUAGGCAACAUUUAGUUUUUGUUCUCUUUUCUAAGCUGCAACAUUCUUUCUUUGAUGGCUGCAAGGGAAUCCGGGUGAACUCAAGAGUAUCCAGGAGGAAGUGGUUUAAAAGCAUGGUGGUCCCUUCUUUUCAUAUUCUUCCAAGUAGUUGGUUUGCUGCAUGUUCCACCAUCUCUCUGUGUUAUUCUCUUCAAGUGUACAGCAAGCUUUUUACUUGGGUCUUCCUGAGACCACCACAAAUAACAGCACAAAACAGCUUUGCUUUUGCUUGUUUUGGGAGUUUCCUCCUUAAAUGAGACCUUGUGCUACAGGAUGAUACCAGAGCCUGAAAAUGUGAGAUGACGAGAUACACUGUGCUUGCUUUUGAGGGGAAAAAAAGAACAAGGUGUAUGAAAAGGCACUCCUGCAAAAUGGUGUUCAGUGAGUUUGGCCAUGAGCCAGCUAUCAGAAAUAUACAGGAAAAGCAAUACUGGCACUGGGACAUCUCCGAAGAUGUGGAUGGCUGGUGGAUUAAUUCUCUGUAAUGAGAGGACUAUGGUUUGGGGCACACAAGUUGCCAAAUGAUAAUUGCCCUGUAAUAGCUAUCUAAUAUAGUGGGUCUUCUGUUAACCUUCAAAUGUUUUGUUCUUAAUGAGAACAAUAGAGUGGUACCAGAAGAUCAUUGAAACAUGAAAUCUACAAAUGCAUGCUACUGUGGAAGGCAGAGUGCAAAAACGUUCUUUUUCUUGGGGAAAAAAAGCCAAACAUCACAGGAUAUUUAUUCUAGGCUUCACAAGCUAUCAAUUUAUGUGAAAAUUUCACUCUUUCUAAGAUAGUCAUCUUAUUGGUAGCAGUGCCAAGCUUAGAGGCAUCAGAAAAAAGCUAUGUCAAGUGUCUCAGGCAGCUUUGUAAAUCGGAUAAAAAUUAUAGGCCUGGGUUGAUUUGCAAACAUUUGCUAUCAUGCCUUGUUACUGCCAUUCUUCUUUUAAAACCACAAUAGACUAAAUCUGUUGAGUGCUGCAGAUUGAUUGGUGGAAAAUGUUUAUUUUUAUGAAUUUGGAACUUAAAGGAUGUGAAGAAAAUGCUUGAGACUGAGAACUGUGUGUUUUACAAAUGCUGAAGAGCAGGUACUUUUAGAUAGUUGAUGGGUUAGAAAUAGCAGGAAGGUCCAUCUAGUGGCCAGCACAGUGCAAUAAGUAUCCUAAGGAAGUUUAAUUUAGAAAAAAUAAGUACCAUCAAUUGGAGACACCCCCCACCCACCCCCAGUCACAUUUAAUUAAGGGAGCAAAGCCAGAAAUUAGUGGGAAAGUGAAUCCAUUCCAACCAAAAGACCAAAGAUAUAUCAAAAGCAGCAGGGCCUUCUCCUUUUGUCUGGCUGCCAAACCAUUCAUGAUUUUUUUUUGCUAAUCCCAGAAAGUCAAGCCAUAUUAGCUUUGUUACCUAGUGCUUGCACUGAUCUCUAAAAAAAAAUCCCCAAAACCUGCCCCCGUUUUUAUGUAGUGGCAGAUACAGAUACCUUUUCAGACGGAUGGUAGUGGAAGGAGGUUAAAUGGGGGCUAGGAAGUAAGAUUUUCAAAUAAAAGCUUCUUUUUAGAGUUUAAUAUUGAAUUAGAGUUAAUGAAAAGAGGCUGAAAUAUCAAAGCCUUGAGUCUGGAAAAGUUUGAGAGAAUAGUUUUGCUAUCGGUGACCACUGAAUUGCUUUUGUCUGGAAUGUCACUGGAGAAUAUCUGAUUGGGGUUGAUAGAAGUAAAAAAAUGGUUUCCAGUUAAAAGGCUGAGUGAGCAGAGCUCAGACUUGUAUCUGACUACAGUUGUGUAAGUAUAGAUACAAUAGGAACAGAUUUUUAAAUCAGACAGUUUUAAGAGAAGCGAGAAACAGGAAAUCUAAGGUUCCUGUGUAUUCAGCAGUUUUUUCUGGCUGUACCUAUUCGUCUUGCAUCUGGUCCUAAAUUCUAACUUUAACCAUCUGUCAGCAUUGCCUUCAAGGGUAUUAGUUGCUUUGUCUUUGUGCUAGUUCUGUUCCCUGUAAGAGCCUAACAAAAAGCAGUUUGAUAAUACAAAAAGCAUUCCAUUCUGGUUCCUCACUGAGUAGUGCUAUAUAUUCAAAGAAUAAUUUGUUUCUUAAGUUAGAAUAUAUAUAAAAAAACUUUCCAAUUAAAAGUAAGGUCAUCUUUAUCAUUGCUGCAUCAUUUAGACUGCAAAUAAGGACCAAAGUAAUCAAAGGCCUGCUUGUUCCACUUGUACCUAAAAUGUAAACAAAUUAAACUAAGAACCCGUGCCUGAAAGUGAAGCCAGAAGGAUUUUUGAGUUUCCUGUGUGAGAUCUCUUUCUUUCAAAAGAUAAGAAUUAAUGCAAAGAAUAGACAGAUUGAUACAGAUGAGGAGGGAGAAACAUUGCCACCUGCUUAAAUGCUUCAAAAUAAGCUGCCUUGGUAUAUCCAAGCAAAGAGAGACGACUUCCUGUAUGCUCUCCCCAAAUUCCCUUCCUUGUUUAAUUACAUCUAAAUGGCUGUAAUUUUACCUUGGUUCACUGGGUGCAUUGGUGAGCUAUUACACUUGGGGCUUUGUCCCUAACUACACAAAGGGAGUAUUGAAAUUGUUCAACGCUGAAUAAGGGUCUGAAUAAGCAUAUGUAAUUGUUUAUAUGCUUAAUCAGAAAAAUUAGACUUAAUGGAACUUUUCUGUGCAAAUAUGUUUGAUACAAGCGUGUUCUACAAAGAAAAGGGGUAAGUGAAACCUGUUCCCAACUCCUUUAUUGUGCCUCUUAGCUUUAAAUACUGCCAGCUGGCAAGGAUAUAAGAUUUCAAACAUCAUUAAUGCAUACUAGCGGAGUUCUGAAAUCAAACAUGAGUUUUGGUUUUUAAAUUUUAGACCUGCAUUUUCACUGAUCUUGAGAAGAGAACUACUCUAAGGUGAGACUGUUCUAAUGAGAAAAGAAUGAAUCUCUCUUUCCACUAAAAGCAAAAGUUUGGCAAGUAAGGUAUCUUUCCUUGUGGGAGUAUAAACCAUCGAGGGAAUUAUUGUUAUAUCAUAUCUAAGGUUAGCUGGAAGAAGGAAAGGUAAAUUUUGCUGAUCAUAUUAUUGUUGGGUUUUUUGCUUUUCAGGGUAAGCAGAAUUGAAAUUAGCCAUCUUCUCUUUAAAACUGCUGUGUAUGAGACUGGGGGAUGGAAGCAGUGCCCCUUAAGAGAUGCCUAUAGUUUGGAUAGGGUUUGACAGACAAAUUCUUAUUUUUGCUGUGAUCAAUUAGAACAGUGGUUCUCAAACUUGGUAACUUGAAGAUGCAUGGACUUCCACUCAAAAAAUUCUGGCAGUGGAAGUCCACACAUUUACACGUUGCCAAGUUUAAGAAAUACUGAACUAAAAUAUUGUCUCCAGAAAUAAUAGUCCUUUUGUCUUUCCUUUUUAUCACCAGUUGGACUGCAGAAUCCUAUCCACAGCUACAGAAUGUGGGAUCAGUUCUAGUUUUGCAUCCUCCAUUGUAUGAGUGUAAUGUUUGCUCUGAGUUGCAAAAAUAUCCCCAUCCUCAUCAUUCUGGCAUUAAUUCAUUUCUUAGAUGCUUUUCAAGAGGUCAUUAUUUAAAGGCAGAUGUAUUAAUUCCAGUGCUAGCAAACAUGUGCCAUUUAAAUGUGUUGAUAUGUAACUCUGAUUUGACCUGAAAUGAACACUUUUUAUAGAGCCCUCAAACUUAAUAACCCUUUCUGGCUUGAUAGUUUGUACUUAUAAGCUGUAUCCAUUAUAAAUCACACCUUCAUUCACACAACAAAACAGAUGGCUACCUGAACUGUUUAACUGCAUUGGUGCUUAUACCCCAGGAUAGUGCUUCUACUCACAUUGCUACUUCACAUUUGAUUGACACUUCUGCAUUGUUCUACACAGAAACUGCCAGAAGAAAGACAAAAAAAUAAAUUAAAAUAAAAUAAAAUGCUGAAAGCAAUGGCUCUGAUAGUUUUGGCUAGUUGAUAAUGCACAUAGCAAUUCAUGUUAAAAGGUAUAUCCAGCCAGUUUGAUUGAAUCUAGCUGAACAUUGGGAAGAAGAUAUCACUGUGAGGUGCAAGAAGGCUGCUGUACUCUCACUAGUUUAGAAUAAACAUCUGAGUAUCUUCAUUUUUAAUGGUUCAUAUGACAAAAUGGCAACUUCAUCAUGCAAACUUGCUUUGGUUCCUUCUGCUAACCAUCCAGACUGCCCUAUAUGAAAGCAGGAUACUGGAAAUAUUAGUACUGAUAACAUACCCUUUUAUUGAAUUACAGCUUCUAUUUCUAUGGUUUAAAAUGGUUUAACAGUCAGUAUAAUAUAUUUUAUUCAGUUCCUUUUCUGUAUAAAAGGGUUGAGAAAACGAAUCAAUUAAGCCAUCUAAGCCUCAUUCAAAUUCCAUCAUUUGUGUGUACUUCUGUAUAAAAUGAUUAUAGAGAUCUAAUGUUAACAUAAAUACAACCUUCUUAUAAAUGAUGCAUGACAACUAGCACAGUAUUUAAGUAAAAGCAUGCAAAAGCAGAACUCGUACAAUAUGUGGAUUAUCACUCGUUUUCUAGAAAUACAGCCAGGCUACAGAAUUAUUUUUAAAAUGUGGUGUGAAUGAAUUUAUUUUACCUAACGCAAUAGAGGGGGUUGUAAAAAAAACAAAAAUCAGAGAGAAUGGUCGUAACAACAUACAUUUAUUUUCAAUAAAAAGUAAUAAUUUUUUAAAACAAAAAAAAAAUGCAACAAAGCAUGCUUGAUCCAUUAAAAUAUAUACUCGGUGAAAGCAGGGAGGGGUGGGAUAAGAUAUAACACCAAGAUGGCAGUAAGUUUCAUCAGUGUCUUGUAUAAUUAAUAUUUGCAAAACUGGUGGCAUUUUUACUAUGUUCAGAUAGCCACAACAUUGCAGCUUCAAUGUUCUGUGUGGUGUUGAAGCCUCUACUGUUGAAGCAAAUUUUAGAAGCCAUAUUAGAUCACAGGCUGCCAGGAUCCUGAACAGGGAUUGGCUAACAAGUGAUCCUUGCUCUCUCUGCUUCCCUGUCCCUGCUUUCUUUGUCUGUCUUGCUGUCCAACUGUUAUGUUAUCCACUUGGGUCACUGAUGAGUGAUAAGGCUGGCUUGAGGCUGAGGCCCUGCCUGGGGUCUGACCUUGUUAGGCUAUGAAUGGCAUUAGUGUGAAGCCUUUUCUUAGCCUGUGUGUAGGGGCUCUGGUGGCAGACUUGGGAACUGGAUCAUGUGGCAACUCUAUCAGUGCCCAUAGCCUAUUUUGGCUGUUCCUCUUGGCAAGAAUUAUUAGGAUAGCAGUAGCUAUACCUGGGAGGCUGACCACCAUUUGAAUUUCUCAUGGGGUUGCUUGGGCACGUUGGGGGAAAUUUAAAUGCUGGACACUUUUCCAAAAUAGAGUAGCAAUAACUGACAUUGGAGGUCUUUCCUUUUAGCUUGAAAAAAAUAGAGCUAUUUGGCAAAUACUAGCAGUUUGAUUGUUUGUCACUUUAUGCCUGGCAACAGAGUCUAAAACACAUGCUUUCAAAAUUAUUUGGAAGAAAUGCUUCAGAUCUCACACCACUGCUGCAAUAAUUCUCUUACUAAGCAGCCUCCUCUUUUUCAAGACUUUGUUGGAAUACUGAGAAAAAGAUACUACUGCUUUAAGGUAUCAGUUCAUUAAAGUGAACUGUAAAUAAAUUAUUUUCAAAGCUUGCACAGUCUUUCUGCCUAAAAUAGUGGCUGCCUUUUUCAGUAAGAUGCAAAAUCAUAAUUCUUAGUGGUUAAGAGACAAACAUAAUUGAUGCAGCCAUGUUUUGUGUACAUGGACUUUGCACUUUGGUGCAAAUGAUCAUGUAUUGCACAGCUUCAAAUUGAGGUAAGAUUGGUGAGCAGGUCAAGAAUUAAGUGACGAAGGUAGCACUUUUUAGCUAGAAUUUUCAGAAUGGCUACCUAGCAUAAUUUAACUAAAAUUAUUUCUGUACUUAAGAAGCGUGUGGCAAAGAGGCCUCUACUUCCUGUGAUUUUAUAACUGGUUGUUUAUGGAUAAGUGGACCAAGGACUCAUUCUUGAGAGAAAUAGGCUAGUGUUUAAAGUGGUGCAGUAUUAAUAAAGUUCCUGAAGAUCCUCAAGGCAGUUUUGAUUAAGACAAUAUAUUUGGUCAUCAGGGACUGCUGACCUACUCCUCUUAUGCUACUUGAACUAUAGAAAUCUAAGCAGUGAUGGCAGCAGUGCAGAAGUGUUGCAAAUGGCUCAGGAAGAAAAAUACAUGCUAACUGGGAUUUUUCCCACCUGCUUGAAAGUGCCAGGUGCUUUUGUGCCUUUAGCACUAUAUUUAUGAAUAGAGAUCAGCAUAUCAUUAUUUGACCACCUAAUAGCAUUUGAGGCUGCUAUUAAAGGCAUAACUGCAGAGGGAGAUGAUGGCACCCCAACUUCCAAAUAGAGCAGCUGUAUGAAGAGAUGGUCAUGAUGACCCACCACAGGCUAGGUUACAAAAGGCUUCAGACAUCUGAUACUCAGGUGUAGGGUGGGGCCUCAGCUCCUUCCCAUUCCAGCCAUAUUUCCUCUGUGAUGUAGAAGCUUCCCAAACUGACUAAAUUUACUGGAGUCUUCACCUCCAGUUAUCUUCCCUACUUCAGGUGCAACGUGAUUCAACUCCCCUAAGCCUGCAGGAAGCUGCUUUUAAUGGUCCCUUCCCUAUCCUCAUGUGGACUGUUUCUGUCUUUAUUGUCAACCUGUUAUUUUGUAAUGAUAUGCGUCUCCUUAUUAAAGAAAUUAGCUGAAA